AUGGCAGCCGACUCACUACUUCGAGCCGUACUUCGGCGCAAAGUCGAGUUUCUUCGCCAUGUCCGCCAGCGCCGGGCGCAAUACUCAACCAAACCUCCCACAGCCGGCGAGCAGAUCCCGACACCGGGCAAUGUCCCUAACCUUCCCUUCUGGCAGCGGCUCGGGCCCUUGACGAGGGCAGCCUUCGCAUAUGCGCGCGCCCAGCGCAAGAGGCCAUACACCACCCAGGUGGCCACGUCGCUGGUCAUCUACUUCUUUUCUGAUAUUUCGGCGCAGAGGAUGGGCGGGAAGGACUAUGAUCCCAAGCGGACGGUGCGGUCGCUGAUCAUCGGGUCGAUAUCGUCGAUUCCCAGUUUCAAGUGGACAUUGUGGUUGUCCAACAACUUUAAUUACUCGUCGCGCAUCCUCUCGCUGGGCACCAAGGUGGUGGUCAACCAGCUCUGCUUCACCCCAAUCUUCAACUCGUACUUCUUCGGCAUGCAGGCUUUUCUCGCGGGUGAGAGCUGGAAAGAUAUCGUGGAGCGCAUCCGGGUCACGGUACCCGUGAGCUUUGUCAACUCGUGCAAGCUCUGGCCGGCCGUGACGGCAUUCAGCUUUACAUUCAUCCCGAUGGAGUACCGGUCGCUGUUUGCGGGUGUGGUCGCGGUUGGGUGGCAGACGUAUCUGAGUUUCUUGAAUCGGAGGGCCGAGGAUGGGAAGGCGAUCGAACAAGCGGCGCCGGCGCUGGCGGCAAAAGCGAUGGAAGCGGAACCCACACACAAACACUCGACAGCCCUCACAAUGGCCCCCCCCUACCUCAGGACAAGACCUGCCCUCUCAGCGGCCCUCCGCCCUCUUGCGCCCAAGCCAAGAUUCCAGUCCUUUCCUCGUCGCCCAAACUCGACAACAACGCCGACGACCACCACCACCACGGCUACUCCCACCGAGCCCACAAAAGCUGCCGUCGUCGAUCCCUCGAGCCUUUCCCGCCGUCUAAAGCUCUCCGCCUACGCCACCGCUCUUGCUGCCGUUCUCGGUGUUGGCUACUACUACGCGACAGACACGCGCGCCUCCGUCCACCAGUACCUCGUUCCUCCCCUCCUUCGCACCAUCUUCCCCGAUGCCGAAGAAGCCCACCAUGUUGGAACCGCCGCCCUAAAGGGUCUCUAUGAGACUGGCCUCCACAUUCGCGAGAGGGUUCCCGAGUAUCCCAACGGCCCCUUGUCGGUCAAUGUUUUCGGCAAGCAGCUUCUCAACCCUAUCGGCAUCUCUGCUGGUCUCGACAAGGACGCCGAAAUCCCUGAUCCCCUGUUCGCCCUCGGUGCCGGUGUCGUCGAGGUGGGCGGCUGCACUCCCUUCCCCCAGGAGGGCAACCCCAAGCCCAGAGUUUUCCGCAUUCCCUCGGUCGACGGCCUGAUCAACCGCUAUGGUCUCAACUCCCGCGGCGCCGACGCCAUGGCUACCCGCCUGCGCGAACGCCUUCGCAAAUUCGCCCGCUCUGUCGGCCUCACCGACAACGAGGUGCUGAACGAGGAGGGCACUGACGGCAUCCCUCCCGGCAGUCUCCACCCCGGUCGUCUUUUGUGUGUUCAGAUCGCCAAGAACAAGAAGACGGACGAGAAGGAUGUCAAUGCGGUUAUUCGCGACUACGUCUACUGUGUCGACAAGCUCGCCCCCUAUGCCGACGUCCUUGUCGUCAACGUCAGUAGCCCCAACACCCCCGGCCUACGCGACCUACAGGCUACCGAACCUUUGACCAAGCUUCUUUCUGCGGUUGUGGAUGCGGCCCAGCAAACCAAGAGGAAGACCAAGCCGAGAGUCAUGGUCAAGGUUUCACCCGAUGAGGAUGAUGACACACAGAUGGAAGGCGUUGUGGAGGCUGUGUGGAACAGCGGUGUCGACGGUGUUAUUGUCGGCAACACCACCAAGCGCCGGACCGGCAUCGUUCCCAAGGGGGUCAAGCUGAUCGACGACGAGCCCAAAAUUCUCCACGAGGAGGGAGGCUUCUCUGGCCCUGCUCUCUUCGAUCGCACUGUUAAUUUGAUUGGGAGGUACCGCAAGAUGCUGGACGGCUAUGCUCUCAAGUCCCAGUCCGACAAGAGCCCUGCGCAAAAGGUUCUGUUUGCCUCUGGUGGAAUCACCAACGGUGAGCAGGCCUUGAGGGUUCUCAAUGCUGGCGCUAGUGUGGCCAUGGUGUACACCGCCAUGGUCUAUGGUGGUUCUGGCACCAUCACCAGAAUCAAGUCCGAGAUGAAGGAGAAGCUCGCUGACAAGUCGGCAUAA